AUGCUGCGGCUUGUCGUGUGGUCGGCCAACAUUAGCCCACCCCUGAGCCCCCCACCCAGACCCUGCGUGUCCGUGUACUUCAGAGAUGUCAAGAGGACAACUCGUGAGGUGGAAGGCAAUCACCCCAUAUGGAACGAGACCCUCAUCUGGCACCUCUGGAACCGCCCCCUGCAAAAGGACUCUUUCCUGCAAAUCACCCUUCGGGACAUGGGCUCAAUAAAGAAGGAAAGGUUCAUUGGCCUGGCCACAAUACUGCUCAAACCCUUGGUGAAUAAACCAAGUAAGAUCCUUUUCAUGAAGGACCUGACCCUGCUCAACCAUUCCAUGAUGCCCACGGAUUGCACUCUCACCCUACAGGUGGCCCUUAUGACCUACAAGGAUAUCGAGAAGAUAGGCGAUGAAGACCACCUGGCCAUCAUGGCACAAGAGGUGGCCAAGCAGAAACGGACGUUUCCCAGCUCCGCCGUACACAAGGCUCUGUCCCCAAAGCCUCAGCACUUCCAGGUCCGAGUGAAGGUGUUUGAAGCCCGGCAGCUCAUGGGCAAUGACAUCAAGCCGGUGGUGAAGGUCGUCAUCGGAGGCUACCAGCACCACACGCGGAUCAAGAUGGGAAAUAACCCUUUCUUCAAUGAGAUCUUCUUUCAGAAUUUUUAUGAGGUUCCUGCAAAAUUCUUCGACGAGACCAUCUUAAUCCAGGUGAUGAAUUCCUCAGUGAUGAGAUUCAACGCAGAGAUCGGGAGAUUCCAAACAGAUAUUGGGUUCAUCUACAACUCUCCAGGUCACACACUCCUGAGGAAAUGGCUUGGCCUCUGCCAGCCAAAUGAACCCAGCAGUGGUGUGAGAGGCUACCUGAAAGUCACCAUCUCUGCCCUCGGUGUGGGAGACCAGGCACCGGUAGAUCAAAAGCUGACCUAUAGGGCUGAUGACACUGACAUUCAGAUCUUCAAGUCAUCGGUGGUGCCCAUCAACAUGGCCUACUUACAGUUCUUCAUCUACUGCGCCGAGGAUCUCCACCUCAAGAAACACCACUCAGUGAGUCCUAUGUUGGAGGUGGAACUAAUUGGGGAAAAGCUCAAGACACACGUGCAGAUGCAAACCGAGAGCCCGAUAUGGAACCAGAUCCUGACCUUCCGGAUUCAGCUGCCCUGCCUCUCCAGCUACAUCAAGUUCAGAGUCUUGGACUGCCCCGGGAACAAGUGCCAUGAUGAGAUUGGGACGGUCAGCCUGUCCCUCAACCAGAUCUCGUCCACUGGAGCAGAAAUAGAAGGCAUGUACUCUGGCUUCCUCCCCUGCUUUGGCCCCAGCUUCCUGACUCUCCGUGGGGGUAAAAAGGCCCCUUUCAGGAUCAAGGAGGAAGACGCUACUAUUCCCAACAUUGUUAAGGAUGGUUUAGCUUAUCGAGGCCGAAUCUUCCUGGAGUUAAUCACCCACAUCAAGUCCCGUCAAGAUGCUAAGAUGAAGGAUCUCUCCCGAGAUGUGAUCAGCGUAGAGAAGCACCAGAACCGCCAAAAGUAUGGGCUGUGCGUCAUCUUCCUUUCCUGUACCAUGAUGCCCAACUUUAAGGACCUGAUCCAAUUCGAGGUCAGCAUUGGUCACUAUGGAAACAAGAUGGACCUGAGUUACAAGCCUCUCGUCUCCACCACACAGUACAGCCAAGUGAUAUAUGAUGGGAACAUCUACCAUUAUGUGCCCUGGUACAACACCAAGCCCGUCGUGGCCGUGACCUCCUACUGGGAGGACGUCAGCUUCCGCAUGAACUGCCUCAACCUCCUCCAGUUCACUCGGGACCGCCUGAAAGCCAAUCUGGACACCCUGAAAUCCAUGAGGAAUCCGAGGGACCCGGCUCUGCUCCCCCAGUGGGAGAAACUGCUGAGGGAGCUGAUGGAGGACUGCAAGCGCCCACUGCCCCGCGUGGCUGAUCAGCCCAAAGCAACCGACCUGGACGUGAAGAGGUGGCAGCUCCGCAGCCUCCUUCUGCAGCAGCUGGUCCAGAAGGCCAAGGAAGCCCAGCCCAGGGACAUGGUGGCCACCGCGGAGGGCUGGCUGUACCGCCUCAACGCCGUGCUCCCCGAGCCCCAGAUGAACCUCCCGGACGUGACGGUCUGGCUGAUGUCCCGGGAGCAGCGAGUGGCCUAUGCACAGGUGCCCGCCCACACCAUCCUGUUCUCCCCGGCCGGGGCCCGGCGCUCCGGCAGGUUCUGUGGGAAGACACAGACCCUCUUCCUGCAGUACCCUGAGGGUGAAGGAAAGAAGGACACGCUCCCGGCCCAGCUCCGGGUCUGCAUGUGGCUCGGCAACGUGACAGACAGCAAGGAUCUGCAGCUGCUCCGCCAGGGCGAAGUGGUCGUGUCCGCGGAGACGUACGAGAACCAGGCCAAGUAUAAGGACCAGUGGGGACAGCAGUGGCUGCAGCACUGCCCCAGCUUCUCGGACGUCAUGGGGCACAAGGCCCUCCCCAGGGAAGAUUUCAAGGAGCCCCAUGGAUGGCACUGGCAGGGGCCGUGGACAGCGGAGCCUCAGCGGAGGCUCCUCCUGGACACAGACAUCAACAAGAGCCAGGUGCUGGAGGAGGUGUACGAGAACCAGCACCGGGACGCCACGGGGGCCUGGGUGCCUGCCGCCAUCCCCAACACAGACGCGAACGGAGAACCCGUGGAGGCCCGGGAGAAUGUGAAGUGCCCCCAAGGCUGGCACGCGAAGAAGAACUGGGCUGUGGAGCUGAACCACGCGGUGGACAAUGAGGGCUGGGAGUACGGAGUGGGCAUCCCGCCCUCGGGGCUGCCCCAGGUCUGGAACUCGGUGGAGAAGACCUACUACUCCUGCCGCCGCCGGCGCUGGGCGCGCGUGCGCUACCGGGACCACGGGAGGCUGAGCCACGAGCAGGAGACCCUGUCCUUCCUGCAGCUGGUGAGGGGCCUCCUGGACGAGGAGGGCUGGGAGUACGGCGUCUUCGGCUCCAAGUUCCACCUGCACCCUCAGCCCCAGAGCCGGUUCCGCCGCCGCCGCUGGCACCGCAGGCUGGCCCCCAACAAGGUCAAGGGCAUUGCACCCAUAUUCCUCCUGGAAGGAUCCUUGAGUCUAGAUAUGAAACAGCAAGCUAAGAGGGAAGCGGACAUGGUGUCGUCGACACGGAGACUGGACAGAAUCAGGAGCUCCUGGAGGGCUCCUCCAGAGAUCACCCAGCCACCCAACCUGCCCUUCAUCUACUGCGUCUUCAACAAGCCCCACUACUACCAGCUCUUCUGCUACAUCUACCAGGCCCGGAACCUGAUGUCCAACCACAUCCAGACAUUCCAGGCGCCCUUCAUUCGGUUGGUCUUCUUGAACCACAGCCAGUGUACCCAGACCCUGAAGAGCUCUGCAGCCCCUACGUGGGCCCAGACGCUCAUCUUCCAGCACCUUCUUCUGUACGAGAACCCCCAGGACACCAAAGAGAGCCCGCCAUUUGUGGUGUUGGAACUGUGGCAGCGGGACCCCCAGGGCAAUGAGAGCUUGUGGGGACGGAGCAUGUGGUCACCGGCGGUCUGGCUGGAUGUCCAAAACCGGAUCCUGCCCCCCAUGAGGUGGCACCCCCUUGUAAAAGGGUUGGAGGAGGAAGAGGGCGAGAUCUUGGCGUCCUGUGAGCUGAUCCUCGAGACUGAGGUGCUGGGAGAGAGGGCCCGGCCAGGAGCACAACACCUGCCAAUCUUAAGUGUUCCCUGGAAGAAUGGGAUCUACAUCCUCCCCAAGAGCAUCCAGCCCACGCUAAGGAAAAUGGCUAUUGAGAUGCUGGUCUGGGGCCUUCGGAACAUGAAGCAGGUGCGUUCGCCCCGGCUCCUGGUGGAAUGCUGGGAAGAGUCCGUGCAGACAGAGCCCAUCAGGGACUUCCAGACCAAUCCCAACUUCACCCAGUCAGCCCUCUUCCUCACGCUGUACAUGCCUACGGACGAGGCCUUCGCGCUGCCCCUGGUGCUGAAGGUGGUGGACCACCAGGACUUCGGCCAGGAGACCGUGGUGGGUCAGGCCAACGUUGACUCCCUACAGCCCUACUUCUGUGACCCCUGGGCUGAGGACUACAAGCCCCCACGGCCUCCAAUGCUGUCUGUGAAGAAGUACCAGGAGCUCCUAGGUUACCUUUACGAAAAGUUCUGGUUCAAGUCCAGCCAAGCUGAGGAUGAACAUGAGCAGGAAGUAGACUGGUGGAGCAAGCUGCUCUGGGCCACAGGAGAUGCUCCCCAGUCCCUGAAGUACAAGUACAAAGAGUAUCACGCCCUGAAGGUAUACGACUGCGAGCUGGAGGCCGUGCCAGCCUUCCAAGGCCUGCAGGACUUCUGCCAGACCUUCAAACUCUACCAAGAACAGCCCAAGCUGGACAGCCCUGUGGUAGGGGAGUUCAAGGGCCAAUUCCGUGUCUACCCCUUUCCUGAGAAUCCAGAAGCCCCCAAGCCCCCUCGCCAGUUCCUGCCUUGGCCUAAGAAAGAGGACUUCCCUCAGCAGUGCUUGGUGCGGGUGUACGUGGUGCGAGCAGUCAACCUGCAGCCCCAAGACACCAAUGGCCUGUGUGACCCUUAUGUGAUCCUGAAACUGGGAGAGACAAAGCUUGGCAACCGGGACAAGUACCAGCCCAACACUCUGGACCCCAUCUUUGGCGUGAUGUUUGAAAUGAGCUGCACCAUCCCCCUGGAGAAGGACCUAGAGAUCCAGCUGUAUGACUUUGACCUAUUUUCACCCGAUGAUAAGAUUGGAACCACAGUCAUCGACCUUGAAAACCGACUCCUGUCUGGCUUUGGAGCUCGUUGUGGGCUCUCCAAAUCCUACUGCCAGUCAGGGCCCUUUAGGUGGCGGGAUCAGAUGCCCCCAAGCCUGCUCUUGGAACACCAUGCCAAACAUAAAGGACUGCCUCCGCCUCUGUUCAGCCCUGAGGAUGACUCUGUGUUUUACAAUGGGAAAAAAUUCAGACUGCAAAGCUUUGAGCUCAAGCCCCCUACUGCUCGCUUCUUGGGACCUAAGAAAGAACGCCUUGCGCUGUACCUCCUGCACACCCAGGGACUGGUACCUGAGCACGUGGAGACCCGCACACUGUACAGCGACAGCCAGCCGGGCAUCGACCAGGGAAAGGUGCAAAUGUGGGUGGACAUCUUCCCCAAGAAGCUUGGGCCUCCUGGCCCCCCAUUCAACAUUAGGCCCAGAAAGCCUAGAAGGUAUGAGCUGCGCUGCAUUAUCUGGAAAACUGCCCACGUGGACCUGAAGGAAAACAGUUUAAGUACCGAGAAGAUGAGCGACAUCUAUGUCAAAGGGUGGUUAUUCGGGCUGGAGAAGGACAUGCAGAAGACAGAUGUCCACUACCACUCCCCGACGGGGGAGGGCAUCUUCAACUGGCGGUUCAUCUUCACCUUGGACUACCUGGCAGCAGAGCAAGCGUGCGUCUUGAGUCAGCAGGACUACAUAUGGAGCCUGGACCCCACGCUGAUGAAGUUCCCAGCCCGGCUCAUCAUCCAGAUCUGGGACAAUAACAUCAUCUCCGCGGAUGACUUCCUAGGGGUCCUGGAGCUGGAUUUGACUGACAUGCCCCUGCCGGCCCGGCACGCCAAGCUAUGCUCCAUCAGGAUGAUGGAUGCUGACCCCAGGUGGCCUCACUUCCUCCAGUACAAGCACUGCUCCCUCUUUAAGAUGAAGAAUGUAAGCGGCUGGUGGCCUUGCCAGGUCCUCGAUGGCGGCAAAUGGCGCUUGUCGGGUAAGGUGAAGAUGACCCUGGAGAUUCUGACAGAGAAGGAAGCCUUAAUCAAGGCAGCAGGAAGGGGCCAGUCAGAGCCCAACCAGUACCCUACACUCCGUCCUCCCUUACGCACCCAUACCUUGCUCAUGUGGUUUCGGUCACCCAUUGCAAGGUUCAUCCAUGUUUUCUGGAAACGCUACCGCUUCAAAAUCAUAGCCAUCUCAAUCAUACUGCUUAUAGGGCUUCUGCUGUUCAACUUUAUCUAUUCAGCUCCGAACUAUUUGGCCAUGAGCUGGGUCAAGCCUGAACUUCGGCUGAAUGCUCCCAUUCAAAUAUACACCAAUAUCAUCAAUUCACUAAACACCAGCAACGCCAACUCUUCCAACCUCACCACUCCCCAUCAGAACCUGAAAUCUACAACAGGCCAUAAGCUGAAACUCCUCCAGGGACACAUAAAUCACCUGCGAGCUAUUUUCCCAGAACUUCCAGCCCCACCAGACUAAUUGCCCCGUGUCUGCCAGGCUUUUCUCCUGCCCAUCCACAGCACUACCCUUGGGCUUCCUACCAGUUCCUUGUUUCCGGGGGCUAGGGAUAUUCUGACCAUUCUGUUCAGGCCACUUCCAACAAGAAGGGCAGAGUUGUAAUUUUCCACUGAAAUAAACAACUUUUGUAACGGAGCCACCCUGUAUGUAAUUUGAGGGGGUUGACAACACCACGAAAGGCUGAAAACGCCAGGCUCUCAGACAAGACUCACAAGGAUGGGGAAUGAUGUCACCCUUACGCACCUCCUGGAGUCUCCAGGGACUCUUCCACUCUAAGAGGCCCUGACGUCACAGGAAAACAGAAGGCAAGGAAGGGCAUCUGUGAGGAAAGGUGGCUCAUGCGGGGUAAGCAGCCGGCCGAGGCCGCCACUCUCACCCCUCACGUGACCAGGUGGCCCCCUCCUCUGGGACACGGCUGGGACUCCAGCGCCCAGAUCGACCUUCGGCCCCACUCACGAUGGGAAGCAUGUGUUUCUCGAACAAAAGGGAAGAGCCAGGGCAGAACCUACCACGCUAGUCAGAUUGUUUCCUUGCACCACACACUGCUCUGAGGCCGGCCCGGGUCGGGGGGACUGCAUUUCACGUCUUCUCCGCCCUCUUCACAGAGCCUCAAGGACCUCAUGAGCUAGAAUCACACAAAAGCCACAAGUGUGACGAUCUCCACGCUGAGCUGCCCCUCCUGCACCCCUGCCCGGGCCAGCUCACGAGCCCACCGGCGUCCUCCCACUACAGGGGUCUAGCCAAUCUCCCCCGGAACUCAAAAACACAGAACAGCCACUUGCUUUCUCAGUUCCACCUGGUCUGAAAGCCAAGCCCGGGGCCCCAGCUGACCCUCUGGCACUCUGGAACCGCUCUGCCGUGGGGGGAGGUCAGGAGGGUCCCACUGUCAUCCCACCUGCACGAGAGAGCACUACCGCCUGUGGGAAGGAUACAAGAAAGCUGAAGACAACAGAAACCCACAGCCAGACAAGGUAACCCUCCUUUCCUUCAGGGCUGAGCAGCGGGCUUUCCCAACCCAGAAGGCGGGGCAAGGGUGGAUGGCUUAAGGCUCAGCCAAACCCACCCGUAAAAGGAAGGCCACUCAGGAAUUCAUGUUUGGUUUCCAUCAGCCAUGUUGAGACUUUCCCUCAGGCUACAGAGCACAGGGCUAGGAGAGCUCAGAGUCCAAGCCCUCCAGGGAGCCUCCGGCCUGUUAGCAAUGGAAUCACAGGGCAGACAGGUGAGCAGCACGUGACCCCGCAUCAGGUAAGGCAGUGGAAUCAGGGCUGACCCACAGAGGAGGACACUCAGGCUCGGCUGCUCAAAUGGCAGUGAACUCUUCCAGGCACAGAUGACGGGGGUCUACUGCUUUCAGAUUUACAACAACCAUUCCUUGUCCGUUAAGAAGGAGAAGCCAGGUUUCCUCUUUGGGGAGUAUCCAAGCUCAGGCUAUAAGAAGAAAGUUUCCUUACAUUUUGAACACUCUAAGUAGGAUUCCAAAAAUUAUGAUGAACACAAAACAUGCAGCUAAGCGGGCUCCAGAGUCCAGAAACAUCUCCACGUGGUCAGAUCAUGUGACAGAUGUUGCUUUCGGUGUCAAAACGUGGAGCAGUCAGUUUCACAGUUAGUCCCACUGCAUCCGUGACGUCUCCCAAGCUUCUCUUGACCUGCACACCAGCUUUCAGCCAAACCUGGCUGAGGGCCUAAAGGGACCUAAUUGCGAGGGUCAUGAACACACCAACAGAACCAAGAUCCACCC